AUGGCCAAAAGACCAUCUUCACACACCAGCGGAGCCAGUCUCUUCAGCGACCAAUCAAGGGACGAAUUCAAAAGAGACAAAUUCUACUCAGAUGACAAAACCGAGGAAAUCGACGCGCUCUCAGACUCGGCGCCUCAUCGCCAGAUCGACUUCGCCGUAACCGAAGCACGACAGCGGCUAAGCAGCACGUAUACGGAAAUAGCCAUUAUGACUCCCCGUUGA